UUCUGAACGUUUCGGUUGUGGUUCCAGAAAGAAUAUGGCGAGUCUUGGGGGCCAACACGAAAAUAUUUCGAAUAAUCCAGAAGUGGAAAACACAUCCAAGCGACCAGAGAGCCGCGAGGGCAGCGUCGAGCGAAAAGCGUCCAAAGACCGCGAGGAGAAGCUGAAAUAUGCACGCGACCGACAGAAUGAGGAGCGGCAGCGCAAGAUCGAGGAGCUGCGUGCCCAGGCGGAGGCCGCCCAGCGGUACCGCGAACAAAAGGAGGAGGAGCGACGACGACGCAUCGAGGAGAUACGAGUGCGCGACACAGAGAAGCGGCACCAGGUGGAGGAGCGCAAGAAGGCCAUCUUUGAGGCCGAGAAGGAGCGUCGCGAGUAUAUUCUCAAAAAGAAUCAGGAACGCGAUUCCCGAAUAGAAGUUAAGAAACGAGACAGGAACUCUAUUGGUUUUGCCUUUGGCUCCUCAACUCCUCGUCUGCUGGAUGUGCCCGCGGAUUAUGGCCUGGUAUCGCCCAGUGCCUUUUGGGGUCAGCGGAGAUCGACAUCUAUAUCGAACGUAGCGGGCGCCUCGCUCUCACGUCGAAGUUCAGAGCGUGAACUUGCCGACAGUGGUGCUAAGAAGCGUGCCUCAUCCUCCACGGACAGACACGACGAUCACCGACGAAAAUCCUCGUCCAUGUAUGAGGUAUUCAAUUGGGGCUACUCCAAUGAUGAGCCGCCCAAGCGCUUCUCGCUCUCGAUCGCCGGCAGCGAGAUAAAUAUCGAUGGGCCGGCUAAUCCGCCCAGUUCCUCCUCCAACAAAGCAGCAAUAGCGCACAGACCCAAUCCGACAGCAACAGCUACAAAUAUUACACCAAUAGCCACAAGCACCACAGGCGCAGGCCACAUCAACUACAACAACAACUAUAACCAUAACUCGUAUCGUAAGGAAGAUAGCGUUGACACAUCACCCAUGGUGUUCCGAAGCGUUUACCGCAGGAAAACGGACCUCAUGCCGACAAUACCCAGCCCCCGAGACGGGCAUUACUACGGGUCGCGCAGCUCCCUGAGCACCACGCCGGCCAGAACCCCAGGACGGGCCUACUCGAUGAACCGCUUGGACCAGCUGGCGCAGCCGAUACGCCGCAACGGGGAGCAUGUGCGGGCCAUUCUGGAGCGGGAACGACGCGAACGGGAACUGGAGAUGCUGCACGAGACCUCCUCGCUGGGAGGCGGCGGCGGGCGGAGAGGCCCGGCCGGCAGUGCACGAUCCCGGCGAGCUGGAAGCGCCGGUAGCGGUAGCUCUAGUGCCGCCGGCAUCAUGUCACGCAGCAUGACCCACCUGGCCGGAGGCGGCGGUGGCCAGCAGCGGGAGCGCGGAAAGUACUCGCUGGGCGGCGGUAUAUCGACCAGCUUCCGGCCGCUGGCUAGCGGUGCCGGCGGGCAGCGGGACACCACCAGCUCGCGAUCGGGAAAUGCCACGCCCGGCGGACACUACAACAGCAGCUCAAGGCCCGGCAGCGCCAUGUCCACAUCGACAAAUGUGUCCACAUCCGGUCUGGUGCCUAGACGACCGGCAACUGCGCCCCGAAAACCGCGACCCGCCAGCAUUGCCGGCACUGGCAUGUCUCUGGAUGCUCUUGCAGAGAUUAACAAGCUGAAGAAGGAUCACCAGAAGCCGCCCGUAAAGACGACAGCCGCCUCGCCAUCCGCACAAACGACCCCAAAACGAACUGCGAACCUUAUGUCCACCUCUAUGAUCGUGACCUCCAGCUCGACGCGACUGAGCAGUGCUGAAAAGAAGACAACACCGAAAAGGGAACCCUUGGUACCCAAAGCGGCAUCCGCUUCCAAGGCUCUGUCCAGUCGCACGGCCAGCUCGGAGCGUAUUAGCCGGCUCAGCAAGGAGCCGAAAACCAAGGAUACCUCUGCGAUGACCCGGUCCAUGAUCGUCACAAGCAGCAGCAGCUCUACUAUGACGACCACCACAAAAGCAGCGCAGGCAGCACCGGCAGCUGCAUCCGCUCCUGCUCCUGCUCCUGCUCCAGCUCCAUCUGCUGUUCCAGCUGCCGAGCAGAAUGGCACAACCAAGGAAGCUGAGAAGACGCCAGCAGAGGUUCCAGUUCCGGCUUCUGCCGAAGCCCCCCUUGCUGUGGCUCCCUCUGUAAGCAAGGCUGAAAAGGAGGCCCUGAAUUCCUCGGAGAAGACGGAGGAAGUGGCGCGUCAGGAGGAGCAGGUGGCCACUCAGGCUAUGGAAUCCGUGCCCGAGGCUUUGGUUACCUCAGUUAAUGUAGAAGAAAAGGCCGAUGAGGGCACUGAGAAGGAGACUCCCAAGCCGCCGCAGGAGCAGGCUGCGCCCAAAAAGCCGCGCAGCAAGGAGAACUCCGAGGUGCGAGAACUGACGCCACCGGAGGGCGGAGACCUGAUGACGGCUUCAAUGAUGGCCAAGAAGAUCACGACCGAAGAGGAGGCAAAGGCCGCUUUGGCUGAAAGACGACGCCUGGCCCGCGAGGAGGCCGAACGACAGGCGGAAUUGGAGCGCCAACGACUGGAGGCAGAGCGCCUGGCCGAGCUGAAGGCUCAAGAGGAGGAGGCUGAGCGCCAGCGUCUGUUCGAGGAGGAGUCCACCCGCCUGGCUGAAGAGCAGCGCCGCGCUGAGGAAGAGCGCCUGCGCAAGGCCAUUGAGGAAGCCCAGCAGCGCGAGAAGGAGGAACAACGCAAGCUCGAGGAGGAGGAGAAGCAGCGCAUUGAGCGCGAGGAGGCCGAGAAGAAGGCCAAGGAGGAGGCAGAGAAGCAGCGUGUUGAGGUGGCCGAGCGGCUCAAACGCGAGGAGAAGGAGCGCGAGGAGCGUCGCAAGCGAGUGGAGGCGAUUAUGUCGCGUACCCGCAAGGCAGGUGGGGCUGCCAGCACGCCCGCUAAGGACGCCAACGACAAAGCCACUACCGCUACGGCAGCAGCUCCUGCCGAUAGCAGCAGCAGCAACAGCGACAGUGGCAGCAGCAACAAUUCGGCUGGAGGCUCGCCCAGCAGCACUACAGAUGCCAAGCCAGCGCCCGCAGCAGCACAGGAUGCGGUCACGGAGCCACCGAAUAGCCAGGCAAUGUAUGAGCAAUCGGUGCUAGACAAGGAGAACUCGCUCAUCAACAGCUUCUCCACAAUGAUCAUCGACGAGAACGCCAAGAACCUGCAGCAGGUGAGCAACGGCAAGUUGCUGGUGGACUUUGAGGGCAGCAAUGCUACCCCGGCGGUGGCCAAUGGCAAUGGCCACAUCGAGAGUGUCAACAACAAGAACGACAUCAAUCUGCUGCAGGAUGUUGUUGCUCCAGUUGCCAGCCAACUGAUCGAUCUGAGCAUCGAGUCACAACAAGAUCUGCACCUGAACAACAACAACAGCUUGCUGACGAGCACAGCGGCAACCACCACGCUAGUCACUGCUGAUAGUCACGAGAAUAAGGAUAUAUCGUUGCUGUGAAUUGGAUGAGAGGAAACCAAAACCUGAUUGUGUUUUCGAGAACCCAAAUCUGGAUAUAGCUAAAUGUGUGUGGAGAGUUGGAGUAUUUAUUUAUAGGAUGAGAGAUCUAUAAGGGAAAGCGAAUGCUAGUGUGGAGAGCGUGCGACAAAUUAUGGUUACUAAAGAACACAGGAAAACAAACGUAAAAAGCUUAUAAAAACCUAUAUAUAACGUACACACUAUAUAUAUAUAUAUAUAUAGAUAGAGCUGAGAUCAGAAUCAGAAUGGGAUAUGGAAGGAAGAGCCUGAUAUCGAGGAGCGAAACAAAAAGUGAGAGAGCAGCUGCAAAAUUAUAAUUAGUUAAGAACUAAGACAAACCCUUAAAGAGAAGGCUUGGGAUAGAAUGGAGGAAAAAUUGGGAUCCUCCUCCCCAGAGUUCGGGGAUCGUUUGCGAAGCAAUUCAAUAUCAAAGAAAAUGAAACAUUUGAUGCAAUUUUUCGAUUCGAUUCGAUGCGUUUCGUUUCGAAUCUAAUUUAAUUACGAACUCGCUUCAAAAGUUGAAAGUGCAUGCUUACAUUUGAGUAUAACUUGAGCUAGACGCGAACGCGGCGUAUAUAAUUGAAAAUUAUAUAAAGAUUAGUAGACAAGCCCCUCUAGUUUAAAACAACGCGAGAUUCAACGCCGCAAGUGAGCAAUAAACGGAAACGAAGACGCGGUAUCGACAUACCAUUAAAACCCAUCCACAUCCACAGCGCCUCACUGCUUUAUUUUUGCCCAACUUUGCACAGUGUGUUGUUCUGUAAGUUAAGUUUACUACAUACUACGUUGAGCCAACGAAUCGUGCGGUAUUAUUUAUUAAAAAACAAAAAACAAAACAAACUAAACAAAAAAAAAUAGGAAAACUAAAAUUCAAUUGAAAUUAUUUGCUGAUACUGAUCGAAAUCGAGAGCAAAUAUAGCUAGCUUCGGAUUAUAUAUAUAUUCAACCAUUGCAAUGCUGUAAUCACAGAUCACAGAGUCAGUGUGCUUGAUACUAGGAGAUCCCUAGUGGAAAUAUUAUGAUGAUGUAAUUGUACUAUUUGUAGUAGGAGUCCAAAAUCUGAUUAUGCUUAUGUGUCGCCCCCUUUUUGUAAUUAUAUAGCAAAGUUCUCUGUACAUUAUUGUCUAUUUUGCGUCUACGUAUAUAUUUUUUGGUAUCACUUUUUUAUACACUUAUACACACACAUUUA